AUGGGCAAUAUUAAACCAAAUGCCCCAUUCAAACCUCCUAGACCAUUCAAAGAGGGUGACAUACAGAGCUUGCCACCAAAAGAUUUCCCCAAAAGAAAUGGUUUACUUGCAAAACGUCCCAGCCCGCCAAUCAAUACUGCACCUGUUACUGCAAAGAGAGCUAAAUCCGAAUCUAUCCCAGACUCAUCGGGUAUGAAAUGGACAAUACAGUGGAGGAAGAAAACAAACAAGAAAAACAAGAACUGGGAUGGGGAUGGGUUUGCCACGAUUAGAUCAACUACAUUUGGUUGCGAAAUCACAAUUAAAAAUUCAGAUGGAAAAGUCUUGAGUAAAAAGACGUUUAACCUGGACCCAGACUUGGAUGAUGUGGUACCUAUUGGAAUGUACGAGAUUAUAUUGGAUGAGAAAUUGAGUCAAGAAGAACCAAAUACCUCAAAUGUUAUCGACCAGGUUGACAAAGCAGAGGAAGUGGUGGUUGCUCCCAAAAUUAUACAGACACAGUUUAAGAAAGUGGUACAGGAUGAAGUUUUUGAAACCAGGAAGCCAUUGUAUGAUCAGAAUCAGGAUGAAUGUACCCUAACCCCUCCUCCAAAUGUUGCAUCACAUGUUCCGGUGAGAAUCGAUCCUAUCCUCGCAUCCAAAUUGAGACCGCAUCAAUUGGAAGGUGUUAGCUUUUUGUAUGAAUGUUUGAUGGGAUUCCGUAAUUUCAAAGGAAAUGGUUGUCUUUUGGCAGAUGAAAUGGGAUUGGGUAAGACGUUGAUGACGAUAACCACUAUUUGGACGUUAUUGAAACAAAACCCCUAUCCUGACCAAAAGAAGCCAGUUGUCAACAAGGUGUUGGUCGUUUGUCCAGUUACUUUGAUCAACAAUUGGAGAGAAGAAUUCAAAAAGUGGCUAGGCUUGAACAAGGUGAAUGUUUUGACUCUAAACAAUUCAAUGUCUGACGACAAGCGUGAUAUUAUCAAUUUUGGAAAGUUGAAUGUCUAUCAAGUUCUCAUUAUCAAUUACGAAAAAGUACUUGCUCACUACGAAGAGUUGUCCACAAUUCCAUUCGACUUAUUGGUUUGUGACGAAGGGCAUAGACUAAAAAAUAGUGCCAAUAAAGUGAUGAUUAAUUUAACAAAGUUGAAUAUCUCGAAAAAGAUUGUGUUGACAGGGACGCCAAUACAGAACUACUUGGUUGAAUUUUACACACUUGUGUCCUUUUUGAAUCCACGCGUCUUGCCAGAUGCAAAAACGUUUCAAAAAGAGUUUAUCAAUCCAAUUACGAGGGCAAGAGAUGUCAAUUGUUUCAAUCAAGAGAUCAAAAAACAAGGUGAAGAAGUGUCACAGCGGUUGAUUCUGUUGACACACAAGUUUAUCCUUCGACGUACACAGGCAAUACUUGAAAACUACUUGACAAAUAAAACUGAUAUAUUACUAUUUGUCCCACCAACACAAUUACAGCUAGACUUGUUUGAUCUCAUAAAGAAGUCAGAAAAGUUUCAGCAAUUGGACUCUGGGACAAUCUCAUUGUCACUUAUCAACUUGUUUCGCAAGAUUUGCAACUCUCCAUCAUUAUUGGCAUCAGAUGACUUUUAUAAAAGUAUAACCGAUGGAAGUUUGAAAUUGUCUACCAGUUCUGGUAAACUAAAUGCACUCAUACCGUUGGUGUUGGAGAUCACUGCUCAAAAAGAGAAAUUAGUGCUCAUUUCAAACUACACCACCACUUUGGAUUUGUUGGAGAAAGUGAUCAAAAAGCUCAAUUUACAAUAUUUACGUUUAGACGGCACAACUCCAAACAACAUAAGAGGCAAGCUUGUCAACAGAUUCAACAGGGACGAACUGAUUCUGGUGUUCCUACUAUCGUCCAAGUCUGGUGGGACUGGCAUCAACUUGGUUGGUGCAUCAAGGUUAAUCCUAUACGAUAAUGAUUGGAACCCCUCGACAGAUUUGCAAUCCAUGUCAAGAAUACAUCGUGAUGGACAAAGAAAGCCAUGUUAUAUUUACAGGAUCUUCACUACAGGUUGUAUUGAUGAAAAGAUCUUCCAGCGGCAAUUGAUGAAGAACAAAUUGAGUUCAAAAUUUCUUGACAACGAUGCCUCAUCGAAAUCGGAUAUUUUUGAUUAUAAUGACUUGAAGAAUUUGUUUGAAAUUGACGUGGGGACCAAGUCAAACACCCAUGAUUUAUUAGGUUGUUCAUGUGCCGGUGAUGGUUUCAUGUUGUCGCAUGAAAUUGAAUCAGAUGAAGAUGAAGAUAAAACUGCAAUAGCAAAAGAAUGGAUGUCCGCUGCCGAGCUUCAAGAAAAUAUUGACAAAAAUGGGUAUCUGACCACGACAAAAGCGGUGAAAAAAGCGUUAAACGAUUACCAUCAUUAUACUCCUGAGCUAAACCAAAACUUGGAGUUCGAUUCAGUAUUGAGUAGAAUUCUCAGCAAUAAGUUAUUCAAAAACAGAUCACCAUUCACAUAUAUAAUGCAAAAGAGCAACACUCAGUAA